GUUGUGCGUUUAUGCUUGGGAGAGCUCUUACUUCUGUGUUUUGGGGAAUAAUAGCUGAUCGAUACGGAAGAAAACCAGUCAUAAUCAUAGGAACUAUUACAGUGGUUAUUUUCAACGCUCUUUUUGGUCUAAGUGUGAACUUUUGGAUGGCUGUCAUUACAAGAUUUUUACUUGGCAGCUUAAAUGGUUUACUUGGUCCAAUAAAGGCAUAUUCUGUUGAACUUUUCAAUGAAAAAUAUCAAGCUUUGGGAGUUUCAUCUGUUUCAACUGCUUGGGGCAUAGGAUUAAUCAUUGGCCCUGCAUUGGGAGGUUUUCUUGCUCAACCUGCUGAGAAGUAUCCAACUCUCUUUUCUAAAGAUUCUUUGUUUGGGAGGUUUCCAUACUUUUUGCCAUGCCUUUGUAUAUCGGUUUUUGCCUUUUUUGUGGCAAUUAUGGAAAUUUGGAUACCGGAAACAUUGCACAAUCACAGUACAUGUGACAAUAAGUCAUUUGAAGCACUUGAAGCUAUGCCAUCUUCACCCACAAUAAGGAAUACAGAAGAUAUGGAAGGGGUCAAACCUAAAUCUGAAAGCCUAUUCAAGAACUGGCCGUUAAUGUCUUCAAUCAUUGUCUACUGCAUCUUCUCCCUUCAUGAUAUGGCCUACACAGAGAUCUUCUCUUUAUGGGCAGUAAGCCCGAGGAAAAAAGGAGGCUUGAGCUAUUCAACGCAAGAUGUGGGAAUAGUUCUUGCUAUCUCAGGUUUGGGCCUUCUAAUUUUUCAAGUCUGUUUCUAUCCAUUUUUGGAUAGGAAAUUGGGACCGGUCAGGAUAAUUCGCUAUUUUGGAGCCUUGUCCAUUCCUUUAUUGCAACUUUACCCAUUUAUGACCUUCCUCUCUGGAAUCAUGCUUCACCUGUUGCUAAACUGUGCAUCUAUUUUAAAGAAUUCUUUCUCUGUGUCAAUUAUAAACAGCUUCUUCUUAAUACAAAAUAAAGCUGUGCCUCAAAACCAAAGAGGAGCUGCAAAUGGCAUCGCAAUGACAGGAAUGUCACUCUUUAAAGCUAUAGGUCCAGCCGGUGGAGGAAUACUAUUCUCAUUGGCACAAAAGCGUCAGCAUGCUGCUUUUCUUCCAGGGGAUCAUAUAGUAUUCUUUGUGCUUAAUAUAAUUGAGCUGAUUGGAGUGCUGCUGACUUUCAAACCAUUUUUAGUCAUGAAGAAUUGAAGAUCAUUUUU